AUGUACUCGUCGCCACGUCUCGCGCUGACUACUGGCAAACUGCAGCGUUCCCUCCAGACUCGCCUUCAUCCAAUCUUGGAGGUUUCUACGGCAACCAGAUGGAGUGCUACACGGCGUUGCCCCUACACGACGACUUCAGGCAGGCAACAGCAAGAGAGUCGGGAGUUGAGUCGUCACUCGGCAGACGCAGAGCGAGUGAUGCACCUGAAUCCGCGGGUCUCCCGAACAGCCACCGUGAAGCCUACAAGUGAAACUCGGCAGGUGAGGCAUUGUCUCUGUUGUGCUGCAGCAGAUGAUGCGUUAGCUACGUGGGUCAUCAUGCCCGCUGAGAUUUCUGCUGGGGGUAUAGUUUCUACCUUGAGGUAGGAAACCGAUGAACUGGGAUGCCUGUGAAAAUCAGAGAGCACGUUCCUCUCUGUAGACGUCAAAAUAAGUUAAGCAGUGCCCUUUGUUGGUGUGGGCACGGAGAACAUUUUGACAGAAGUCGUGAAUUUCUCCACAGUAUCAAGUUUGUCAGAACGCCAGAAUUUGACAGUUUUCGCAGGACGUCGGUUUUCGAUUUUUUUGCAAGGCAGGAAUUAAGCCGGCAUACACUUUAACUAACGUGGGGUAAAAGCAUAAGCCGUUAGACAGGCAUAUGACUCUGCCCCCGCAAUAUGACUCCCGUGUCCGAACCCUAACACUGGUCCUCAUAGAUCUAACUCUUCUCUCCCUCACUAUAACGUUAAUUCUAACCCCUUAACUCUAACCCCAACAAUGACUCUCACCUCCCUUCUCCUUCCGUAGGACUUAGGACAAGGCUACCUGUAUUACGGGGAUUCCUAAUCUCGCACCCUCCAGUGCACAUGUCUUAUUGGUUCAGACAGUUUGACAGCAUUUACCAAUUUUCUCACUUUUUAAGAGUCAAUUUUUCAAACUACUAAGGUUGUUUCAGUAGGAGUGUUUGGUUCAACUUAUCAGCGAUACCACGAAAGGAGUCUACUCGGACACAGACAGAAGGUACACAUGCGACGAAGGACCUCCGGGGUGUGCCGCCGAUCUUUUGCCUCACAGCAGAAGAAAAACUGGGCUUGCUCACACACAAAAUCGCCUAUCCGCUAUCUCACUCCUGCGUAUUUGGUAAUUAGUAGUCAUUAGGAAUAGAGGUUGCUGAGAUGGGAGUGUGACUGGAGAGUUCCCCAUGGUGGACAAAACACAACUUCCCAAAUCCAAUAUCAGGGAGGACGGAUUGGGUUGGAGAACCUUUACUGACGAGAAAGUGCGUACAACAGGCUCUGCGAGCAGUUGCCACGCGCUGACUCUUCAGGAAAGUUCCUUGUCAGUGGCAAUCGGUGGGGUCAUUAGCCCCCGGCGCGUGUGCGCGUCUUUCGCUCUGUCUCAUUUGUGUUCGCCUGCCAGCCAAUCAGCAGAGGAGCAACGCUGAUUGGCCUCGAGCUCCCACGAGGCUCGCGACAAGCCUCACGCUGUCCCAGCAGCGAAUCGACAGGGAGCGUGAGGCGGACAGGAGGGCAACCAGACAAAGUGGAGGCGACCAGGGGAGCGCAGACUGCCGCAGGGUAAGUUGGCAGUUGGGGGUAGAAGUUAUCCCGUUGUUUUUGGCAUAAAACGCUCAUAGGGAGUUCCAUCCCCGGAAGCUGACCCUGGCCAACUACCUUUCAGGUAAGCUGAGCUCCUAGCAGUUGGAAACGCUGAUUAGGAUCCAGUUUAAGCGGGAAACGUCACCAUCAGCAUGGGUUGCACUAUCUGAGCCAUGAUAUCAUCCACCAGAUUUAUAGUUUUUCGGAGCACAACAAUGAUGUACCUGGAGACGCUCAGAGGUAGGUGGAAAUGCAAAAGCAUAUUUUUAGGGAAAGGCUGUCCCAAGAAAACCAACAAGGCAAAGCUACUGAUAGCGCAGGUUACUCUUUGCACUGCUUGAUUGGCGCAGCUGAGUAAUAGGGGUUGCAAGCAAGAAUUAGCAGGUUAGACACCAACUCCCACGCAGGAUGUAGCAUUUAAUCAAAACUUAAGUUAAGCAAAACCUCGGGGAGAAAACCAAUUAUUAGACUGACGGAAGGAUUUGGACAGGAGCAGAUAAUACGAUAACCCGGGUUCUUUCCUGAAGACCGCAUUUCAGGCAUUCACUACAUUUUUGCGGCCAUUUUUUGAACGGAAAUAUUCAUAUUUAAUUAUUAAACUCUUUGUUUCGAAGUUUCCAAAUUACCAACAGUAAAGGAAGUUCGGGGUUUGAACUUGCACGAUUACACGAUGGCUAUUCUCACACGAAAAUAAAAUGACUAAUUUUCUAGAUAAGAACAGUCAGGUUCUUGUUGUAAAUCGAAGGAGCGCAUAGAAAACUACCAGUCAUGGUAAUUGGACACAUGCUUAACGUCCGCAGAUACGUUCCUUCCCCUACUGAUUUUACGAAGCACUUUGUGGAAUGCAGACAUUCCGCUGACACAGAACCAAAUUUCCAGUUCUGUUUGGCACUAAAAACCUUCGAGAGUGUAAGUGUCCGGAGGUAUCCUGUAGUUGAAGGAUUGGAUCCGUUUAAUUUACACUAAUGCAAAACUUUUUAGGAUAGUAAGUGGCCCUUUAGAUUGCACAAAAAUGUCCUUUUUUUUAUGCGCCAGGAACCUUGAGUUUCAUAGACAAUGCGGGUUUUCGUAGUGAUGUCCUCAACUGACUAUAACUUCCUAUAUGCAGACUUGGAAACUCCAAAAAGCAUUUGAAUACUCCUCUGGAAAUAUUUUGACAUCAUCAACAAUCAGAUUUUCUCAAAAUACAUUUUUUCACUCAUUCUAGACCUCGAUCGAGAUGAUUUACAUUUUUUAUUUGUAUGUGUUGAAUUAUGACAAACGAAUACCAAAAGUAGUAACGAACUGUAACCUUUCAUUGCCAUUUGGGCAACCGCACCACUCAAAGAGGAAUCAGUUUAAAGAAUUGCAUGCCGGAUCUGGGCGCUGCCUUGAUUUGCCAAUCUUUGGGGCAAAUUUGAUUUCCUUUACAAAUUUUGCAUGUUUUGCACGCCUUCACAGUUUUCUUUGGUCGCCAAAGGUGAAGGGUCGGAAUUCUGGAAAAUGGGGGUAUAUUGCUGGUCCAAUCUUUAGAGUGAUAUCUCGCUUUCUGUCAGUGGCAGACAAGAUCCGGGAUUCAUCCUCCACCUUCCUCUCUAUGGACAAAGACAUAUUUCGGAUGUUUCCAAGUAGCCGAUCCCGCCUUAUUCUGAUCAGUAAGUCGUGGACUGGAAUGCACGGAGGACAGCACAUAACCGUCGGCAACACCUCAGGGUUAUUUCAGUCUACUCUGAUCGUAGGCAUGCUUUCGUCGCUCCUUUAGGUAGGCUCAACUGUCGUGCUGACUCGUCUUUUGACAUCACAGUAGAAUGUCGCUUGCUAGUGCCACGUCGGGGUCACCAAAAUGUGGAGUGCGAGAUCGACCGCCACUCACUACGACGACGCAUAGAAGCAGCUUACUUCGGAGGCACAUGAAGGUUAUGGUGGUGAUGGAGCCUAGCGCGAGGAAAGUCACCAACGAUAACGAAGAGGGACGGCAAGCCGAUGCGUGUGGACCAGACGUGGUUUCUUCUGCGCGCCACAACACAGCAGGUGCUAAUACAUACACAUUGUCUCCCUUUCUUGCUUCCCAGGAGCGAAAGAUGUGGAAACGAAAUGCGGACAAGGACAGCUCUACCAUCCCCUCCCUGAGAUUUGACUUUUCGGACAUUAAACACACCACGCUGUCAGAGCGCGGUGCCCUGCGUGAAGCGUCCCGCUGUCUACGCUGUGCCGACGCACCCUGCCAGCACAGCUGUCCCACUCAACUGGACAUAAAGACCUUCAUCCACGACAUUAGCAAGCGCAAUUACUAUGGUGCCGCGAAGGCUAUCCUAUCGGACAAUCCGGUGGGUCUGACUUGUGGCAUGGUCUGUCCAACCAGUGACCUCUGCGCCGGUGGCUGCAACCUCACAGCCACGGAGGAGGGUGCCAUCAACAUUGGCGGCUUACAACAGUUUGCAGUGGAGACCUUUGCUCGAAUGAACAUUCCACAGGUUAGUAUCUCAUCUGAUGUAGGCUAGUUUCUUUCCUAAUGCACGUUUUAAUAAUGAUGAUGGUUAAGCACAGCUUGUCGUCACGUUCUUAGCUAAGUAAAACGCUCAGUCAUCAACCAUCACCACGUCCACCAACACCGUCGCUGAUAUGACGCGAGUUCGACCCCGACCCCCCCACCUCGACGACGACGACGACGACGACGACGACGACGACGACGACGACGACGACGACGACCACCACCACCACCACCACCACCACCACCAGCGGCAGCAGCAACAGCUGCAGCGGCAUAAUCUCCUAGUGUGAGUAGCAACUCAUGAAUCAUUAAUCGAAAUCCGCUAGUGGACUUGCAAAUCGAAAACACCGCUUAAGUUAGGCUGCAGUAUCGACAAACACGGCGACAAUUCCGUUUUUAGGUGAAAAGCGUAUACAGCCGUCAGGAUCGACCGUCUUUGCGGAAAGGCCACCGCACACGAAUGUGCGAACCUCAAUCAACUCUAUGCUUAGGCAAUGAUAACAGUGAUAUGCACAGAGCCCAACUUCAGAUAAUAAUUCUGAUUAUGGCAAAGGUUCGAUCAUCGGAGCAUGAUGUUUAUGAGCCCCAGACAUAUCUUCCAACCAGCUAGCUCUCCCUUCUCUAAUGUGAAUACGUGCGCACAUCAUAAACAGCAACAAAUAGUUUGAACGGCCUGCGCCGACCAAGUUACAAAUUUUGGGAUAACCUCGACCAUAGGUCGAGAAAAUUGUCAAUUACCUUGUGCAUUUGUACGUGAGGGCAGCCACACCUGUUAAUAAGAUUCAAACUUAUUAUUCAUGGAACAGUUUCGGAACCUAUAAUCAAACAUUACACAAUUUCUUAUGUGCCAUGCUUUACGUAACACAUUCUUGGGAGAUAUUUACUUCAAAUUUAUGUAAAGCAGGUAUUUUCAAACCGUACUAUGCCUAUAUUGUUAUACUUACUCAAUUGUUUGAAUGGAUCUUGAGUUUUCCCAUUCAACAUGAAUUUUCGCGUUCUCGACAUCUCAGCAUUUCUUGAAAAAUAUGUUAUUUCUAACCGAAGAAGGGUUCUUCAAAUGCAUAUUUGAUGUUUUCACUUAACUAAAGGUCAUUGAUUAUUAAUUGGGUGUUUUGGUUGGGAGAGUUGGAUUGGGUUUCGAAUGAUUAAUCACUUUUUGUCAGUUUAGGCAUGUCAGAAAUUAGGUCAUCCUAAAGGACAAACUAACCUUUAGUUCCUGUUUUUCUUGAUGAAAGAAAGACAUCGAAAGAGCUAAAUGAGAGUUGACUCACAAAUUUUACGACCGAAACCGACUACAACCGAAAGUAAUUUUUCUUGCAGAUCCUUGAUCCGAAGAUCGCAGCUCAGACCAAAGACGAUCCAAACUAUGACCAGAAAAUUGCACUCGUCGGCUGUGGCCCCGCAUGCAUUUCAUGCGCCAACUACCUGGCGCGUCUCGGCUACCGAAACGUGCAUAUUUUCGAAAAGUCUACAAAGGAGGGUGGAUUGAGCGCCACAGAAAUCCCCCAGUUUCGACUACCAGGAUCUGCUGUCAACUUUGAACUCCAAAUGAUGAAGGAUCUCGGAGUGAAGGUGUUCACUGAUCAUCCCUUCACCACAGAGAACCACACCAAUGCAGUCACGAUCAAGAAACUACGUGACCAAGGCUACAAGGCCAUCUUCUUGGGACUGGGAUUUCCCAAUGCCCACUCAACAUCUGUCUUCGCUGGUCUCACCCCAGAAAACGGAUACCUCACUUCCAAGGACUUCCUUCCAAGGGUCUGUGCAGCCACCAAGAACUGCACCAAAUCCACCUGUGCCAAGUCUAAACUGCCGGAUUUAUCGGGUGCAAGAGUACUCGUUCUGGGAGCAGGUGAUACAGCCUUCGACUGCGCCACCUCUGCUCUUCGAUGCGGUGCUCAACGCGUAACUGUCUCCUUCCGUAAGGGCUUCACCACCAUCAACCCCGUGCCGGAAGAGUUUGAAUUGGCCUGGCAGGAGAAGUGUGAAUUUCUGCCCUUCCUCGAACCCAAGCGCGUCUUGCUGGAUGAAGCUUCUUCCUCCCAAGGCAAAAAGCCACGCAUCGUUGGCGUGGAGUUCAUUCGUCGAGAGCAGAAUGAUGACGGCAGUUGGACGUCAGAUCCAGAUCAGCUAGUCAAGAUCAAAGUGGACUACGUCAUCACGGCCUAUGGGGCCGGGCUGACGGAUGCCCACGUCAUGGAAGCCAUGAAACCGUUGAAGCUGACAUCUAAGGGCUUCUCGUCGGGUGUUCCAGUGGUGGAUUUGGAGACGUUGAGGACCAGUGAAUCGGAUGUGUGGUGUGGCGGUGACCUGACGGGCUUCUCACACACCUCUGUUGAGGCCACGAAUGAUGGCAAGACUGCAGCCUGGAGCAUCCAUAAUGCGUUAACUGGAGGUAAAUCUGCCUUCAAGGAGAAAGUACUGCCCCGAUUCACGACGCCCGUGGAUCUAGUGGAUACCUCCGUCUCAAUCUGCGGUCUCAAGUUUCCCAAUCCCUUCGGACUGGCAUCGGCGCCACCUACGACCAGCAGUGCCAUGAUCCGACGAGCGUUUGAGGCGGGCUGGGGUUUUGCGGUUACCAAGACAUUUGGUCUUGACAAGGACCUGGUGACCAAUGUGUCCCCGCGAAUAGUCCGUGGACCAACUGGUGGACACAUGUUCGGACCUGAACAGUCCGGUUUCUGUAACAUCGAGCUAAUCAGUGAGAAGACAGCCGCCUACUGGUGCCGGAGUAUUGUGGAACUGAAACGGGACUUCCCUGGGAAUAUUUUGAUCGCCAGCAUAAUGGCCAAGUUCGAUGAGAACGACUGGACCUGUCUGGCGGAAAUGGCUGUGAAGGCCAAGCCAGAUGCGCUGGAAUUAAAUCUGUCCUGUCCUCAUGGCAUGGGCGAACGUGGGAUGGGCAUGGCUUGUGGACAGAAUCCUGAUCUCGUUAGAAAUAUUUGCAAGUGGGUGAAGGCUGUUGCAGGCCCGGGGACCCCAGUCUUCGCCAAGUUGACGCCCAAUGUAACAAACAUAGUUGACAUAGCUCGAGCAGCGCAGGAGGGCGGAGCCGACGGUGUAACAGUGAUCAACACCGUCUCCGGUAUAAUGAAGUUCCACAGCGACUCCACACCCUGGCCACGUGUGGGGAAGGAAGGUAGAGGAACAUACGGCGGUCUGUCGGGCAAUCUGGUCAGACCACUGGCGUUGAGGGCUGUGAGCGCGGUGGCAAAUGCGCUUCCGGGCUUUCCCAUCCUGGCGACUGGAGGUAUCGACUCCGCCGACGCUGGUUAUCAGUUCCUGCAGGCCGGCGCGAGUGGACUACAGGUGAGUCCCCCUUAAGGCAUCUUUAAUUUCCAUUUUUUACUCGAAGGGUCCUAAUGGCGCAAUUGACGAAUGUCUGGAGAUUGAUGGGAACUAGCACGGGAACAAUUAUUGCGAUGUGAAGCUGAGAUAGGAAUAUGCAUCAAAUCUAAAAUCCUACAUCAAAUGACCGACGUAGACAGCAGGUUAGUUGCCGCAGACGUGACACCAGGCGGCUAACACCAAUGAUUGGCGAUAUUCAUCUGACUCAGUUGUGAAUAACUGAGCUGCCUCGGUGGGACUCGAACCCACGAUAGCAAGGGAAAGGGUUGAGCGCGGCCACCCGUACCACGAGGUCUCCUAGGAGCCGCCGAUUUUUUUGGUCAGAUGAAUUGUUUAAAUUUGCCAAAACACCAAUUAAUUGGCAGCAUUAUCAGUCUAUCAGGGUCGCGUAUGCAGCGGGUCAAGAUAGAUAGUUAAUCGCCUCUCGACUCCAGGAAAAAUCACCAUUUUCAUCGGUGGUCGUUAUGCAACGGUCGAGACGCUCAACUGUGUGAGAGGCCUCGAAUCGCUCUUUUGUCCUAACACAUACUACAUAGGCUUGUUUUUUACUUAAGUACCAAUGCAAUGUAAAUAGGACAAGAUAUGAUUAUUUGGGUCUUCCAGAAAAGCUACUGGUGUCAGUGUGGAAGAGUGGUACGAAUGCGGGGAAGGUCAGUUUGAGGGAUGAUAUUUCUACAUGUAGGUGGGACGGAACGGUGGGGGACUUAACGCUGUUGGCAUCUACGCGAGGGGAGGGGGGUAGUCGACUGUAGAACUGACUUUUAAGCUCAACCGUAGGGUAUAGGACCCCAACUAACUUGAGGUAGCCUGUGGACCGUGUCAUACGUUGAAUGGUGUUAGGGAGGGUUUUACGGGUGGGGCAAUAUGCGGGACGAGGAGUUGGCGGAAUGCAAGAAGACGCAGAAAAUAAACAAUUUUUUGCCGGAAGUUUCAUGGUAUGUUGUCAUAUGGCAAACAAAGUGGGCGCGAUAAUUCAAAAAAUAGACAAAAAGCAGUUUUUAAAAAAUAACGGAUUUUGAAUAAACCGCUUCUGGCAAGUUUGCAUUCAACCGGGAAGCCCAGGAAAUUUAACACAUUAGGGACGCUGGGUAAUAAGUAAUGCUUUCAGCCACACGGAAUUUUAGUCCACAUGUCGGGUUUUCUGGCUACGUGGGGUCCUACGCCCCACCGUUAUCCGGUCGAGAUGUAGCCAUAAGCAGCAUCGGCCAUCCACACUGAUAAAUGGUCAUUCGAGCCCCAGCCGGGACCAGAUUCAAGGUCAAAAUCCCCGGCAAUUCAAGCAAACCCUUAGGCGGUUCGGGUUGGUGCAUUACAGUUGGGCCAACGCCACCAGCUCACACGAUAGUCAUAUCAUCUCAAACGUUCUCUUCCUCCGACGCCAGUGUCUGGGGUGUUGCAUCAACAUAUAAGUCUGCGGCUGGCUAGAGAGAGAAAGAGAGAGAGAUAAAGGGUCGGAUCUUAUUUCGCGGCCUCAGCUGCAGUAGACAAGCCUCAGUUGCUUGGCAUACGGAACCGGUGGUAAUAGUGGGCCUAACACUAACCCCUAACUCUAAACCUAACUCCUAACCCUAAUCCGGUUGUCCGGGGUGUCGCCAAUUCCACUCUAGGAGCGUAGACAACCGAAUUUGAGAUGACCACAGUACUGGCAUCAACACAUGAGUUUGCGGCUGUCUAGAAAGGGAGAGACAUAAAAUUCCACCUCACAAAAUGAAGGGAUUCAGCACUUUGAAUUUGACUACAGACGACUGUAUUCUAGCUAUGCACUGCUGUGUGUGUUCACGUUACCUCACACGACCGUCUGACCGUCGUUGCUGAUGAUGUCCAUAGUGUGCUCCACAGCAAGGCGGAGCAGGGACGGUGACUUAUGCGUGACUCAGUGUGAAGUGAUAGUAGACUACCACAGCAUCUACCGUACUCUCUCCUUCCCAUUCCCCACCUGGACCCGGUGUCAAGAUAGAGUCAAGAAGACCGGAGGUGGGGCGAGACGCAGGCGGCGGGCGCGGCCGAAGACGCGCCUAGGCGUGCCAUCACACCCCCCUGGUCCGCAGCGUACACUUGACCAGGGUUUUUCACUAACAACAACAACAACCCCCCAACAGGAUGACUGGGCAGCCAUGCCCAUCACCUGUCUACCUAGCGGGAGUACAAGCGCAUCUACCGGCAGGGCACCAGGUGUCAGGGGACUGCUAGCGCAUACCGGACUUCGAGGGUCAUGGUUUGAUGCUACUGGCAUAGCGCACGCUCACAGACCUUUCUACCUACGUUACUUCACACAGAGGAAUAGUCGCGAUGCCAGUUUGCGACCAACUGAAAAUAGUGGGACAAAAGAUCACCGUCAGCCACCUUGCUGUGUGGCACGGCUUUCCACUGUGCGUUUGAAGCUUAUCCCAAACGGCUGUGCCUAACGCAUGACCAGCGAUAAAAGUCGACAGACUCAAAGUUCACGAAUACCACGCUAUUCGCUGGGUUUGAAGUUAUGCGGAGAUGCCGUCCUUGACUUAACUUCCCAAAACUGAUUAUAAAUCUUGCAAUUUUUAGGUCUGCAGUGCCGUCCAAAAUCAGGACUUCUCCAUAAUUGAUGAAAUGGUGACAGGUCUGAAGGCGGCUCUCUACCUGGAAGGCACAGACGGUAGGUUGUGGUAAUUUACUACCACCGUUAUGUUACUGUUAUACUUAUUCACCACGUCACACUCUAAACAGCUCACCCCAUUCGACAGUUUGAGAGUGAGUGAAGCGCACUUCAACUUAUCGGUCCAAAUUGGACCCAGACGUUUGGGAGGGUCUAAGUUACUCUCCAAAUCAUCCAGGGUUUCAGUCUGGAAUUGUUGCCCACAGCGGCUUGACUGCCGCAAGUGGUGAAGCCCGUCGUAAGGUCCACGAAGUGGGCCAAACACCAACGACUUGCGCAGCAUCUACCGCACUCGCCCGCCCUGCACCAGUCUUGGUGAAGCGAUGCCCAGACGACCGAAGGUAGACUCGGGCGCAGUGAUUGACAAACCUAAACGGCCUUUUACGCGUGCCACACACGACCUGCUUCCCACCAUAUGCGCCAGGCAUCUGUGACGCGGGCAAACCUCUUAAAAAUGUCGUCCCUGAUUUUGACGUUCCUCAACGCACGUAAGCGAGGAACGUUUCCGCUUAACCAGAUUCUCCAAAAAUAACGGUCGAACUGAGUUGUCAAGAAGCUCGAUUAACUGAAUUUCACCUUUCGACAAAACGGAAACUAGCGUCUUCCGCAAUCUGUCAUGUAAAUCAAGCCGAGUCAAGGGAAUUACAUUUUUUUAUUAGAAAGGAACACAGUGAUCUCUGGUUGGCCAACCACACGAACAUAUGCUUGCUCAACUACUUCGACCAAAGGCGAAUAUAUAUAUAUAUAUAUAUAUAUAUAUAUGUAUAUCAAUCAGGAAUGGGCGCACACCGAUCUAUUGGCUUCACAAAGCAAACAAGCUCCGUAUGUGUGGCAAAGGUCACGAACAGGCAACCAAUUACCAGGCCGAAGUCGGCCAAGUCAUAAUAGCAGCGAGGAGGGACGACAGAGAAUGCGGGUAGAUUGAUACAGCACUGUUUCGGGCUUAUUCUGCCUUCAUUCAGCCAAUCAUAACCCUGACCACCAGCAGCUGAGACCAGAAACACAAACAUGCGCACAGACGCACCUGGCGCAGUCGGUCCACCACUGAGACCUACCAGAUGGGUCAUAAGCACUUCAUCGAACCGAAGUUCAUCAGUGCCUCGCCACCUGUCAUUCUCUGUCGCUGCAGAUCGGGUAUUUAUCAAUCAGGAAUGGGCGCACACCGAUCUAUUGGCUUCACAAAGCAAACAAGCUCCGUAUGUGUGGCAAAGGUCACGAACAGGCAACCAAUUACCAGGCCGAAGUCGAACUUCGGUUCGAUGAAGUGCUUAUGACCCAUCUGGUAGGCCUCAGUGGUGGACCGACUGCGCCAGGUGCGUCUGUGCGCAUGUUUGUGUUUCUGGUCUCAGCUGCUGGUGGUCAGGGUUAUGAUUGGCUGAAUGAAGGCAGAAUAAGCCCGAAACAGUGCUGUAUCAAUCUACCCGCAUUCUCUGUCGUCCCUCCUCGCUGAUAUAUAUAUAUAUACAUAUAUACGUAGGGUUGCAAUAUUAAUUACCAUGCAAUAUAAUUCUAAGAUACUUCACUUACUUCGGGAUGCAGGCUUUUGAAGAAACUGAUUUUUUGGUCGCCUGCGAAAACUACACUCUGUAAAAAAUGACUACCUAAGUAGCAUGAAUCUUUCUCAUUGAUUUUCGAUGCACCUGUAAAUUCAACUAUACUUCAUAGAAAACCUGCAUAAAAAUAUUUAUUGUUUUGUCCAGCUGUGCAUUUUCCGUGUGCGGAAAAUCAUAAAUUUUCUAUGCUCUUCUAAGAGAAGCCCACGUGGGGUUCAAAAAAUGUAGCAGUGGAUUUGAGCCACAUUGUAAACUUUACAAGCAGCAUUAGAAAAUUCAGAGAUACGAUGUUUUAUGAACGGGCAUUUCAUGGUCUUAAAAGAUCUCAUGAUUAGAAACUUUUCUAAAACCGAAUUAUGGCCUUUCUUCAAGUAUAAAAUUUGAAGAAGACGUUAUUCCCUUCCAAAUGCGCAAAUAAUGUAUGUCUUGUCCAUGUCUUCUAUGAAUUAUAUUCGAAUUUUUAGGGGCACCAAAAAUAAAUGAAAACAAUUCACGUUACUUAAAUUGCCAUUUUUUACAAAGUUUAGUUUUUGCAGGCGGCCAGAAAGAAAUCCACUCAAAAGUCGACAUCCUGAAGUAGCCAAAAUAUCAUGGGAUUGUGCUGUAUCCUAAUUAGUACUACAGCCUUUUUGUGUCGAAAACGCAUUUCAGGAUUUCAGUUAACAUUUCACGAGUUCGCACAUCUACUGUAUUUGUAAGUCGACCGAUUUCCGUCAUCGAUUUACAGAGGGGUUGAGAUUUGGGGUUCGGACACAAAGACGGACUCAGUUUAAUCCACCAUAAUGCUUGCAUUGGAGUUGGGUAGGAGAAUAUGGGUCCCUGAUAAUAAUAGGUAGCCUUGAGAAAAAUACCACAGGGGUCAGGAGCAGGGCUACGGUUGAAGUCGUGACGUAAAAAUAGGUAGCCCCCUGGAAUUUAACGCGAGACUACUUGUAUUGCUGGGUUUCCGAUUCCCAUGUCCAAUAGAGCACGGAUAGGAAAUGUAAGAAUGACCUUGGGGGUGCGCUUGGCGAAUGCAGGUGUUAACUAGAUAGCGGAGCCACUUAUUUAAACGAUUCUCUUUCAUAGAUGCUUUAGCAGAUUUUAAAUAAUUCAUAUUGACUUAACUGCGAAAAACUCGGCGCCUCGGUGGGAUUCGAACCCACGCACUAAAGGGAAGGCUUUAGUGCAGCCAACGCUCUAACCACUUGAGCUACGAGGCUCCACCGGACGACGCGAGUUUACUCACAUUUGGGUCAAGUUACCCGCCCAACUUACUGCAACGUCUGGAAUCCACCAAAUUUGAUACAGUAAGUUGACUGCCCAAAAGGGAUUUCCUAAGUAAUUCACCUAGAAUCCACCAGAUGACUACCAGGCUCGCGUAAUUCAUAAAUGUUUUGGCAGAUUUUGAAUAAUUUGAUUCAACUCGCGUCGUCCAGCGGGGCCUCGUAGCUCAAGUGGCUAGACCGUUGGCUGUACUAAAGCCUUCCCCUUACUGCGUGGGUUCGAAUCCCACUGAGGCGCCGAGUUUUUCACAGUUGGGUCAAUACGAGAAAUUCUCCUUCCCUCGAGAUCUUAUCUUCCUCGGAAGAACUGGUGUUAAUUAAGGCUAUCCUUCUCAGCUCUUGGCCCUUAUCCCUUUAUGGACUAUUCGAAAAAAAGAAACACUUUCGAGACUUAUUACUUAGUCUGUGAUUGGGCGUUCCCUUAUUUUCCGUUCCUUUCUCUCCACACCUCCCCGCACCACAGGCAACUGGGAAUUUCAGAGUCCACCGACGCCGAAGCACCAGGCAGGAAAGGGCCUCAAGGCAGCAGACGCCUUCCGGACUGCUCCCCUGCCCAAUUUCGGUCCGAGUCGGGAGCAGCGAGCGGAGGCCUGGCAACGCCAGUGUGCCGAGACCGAGGGUCGGGCCUCAGUGGAGCCCGGCCACCUACCGACUGAUCGACCCGUCCGGCCCUCGAAAGUGCCCUCACUGCAGAGUCUGAUUGGUCGAUCGCUUCCGCUGGUAGGGACCUACAACCAGCUGAACAACAAGGAACAGGCGAGUACUGACUUUCAGAUUUGUGCAUCGGAACAUUUUCUGAGGUAUGGAGUAGGGGGGAGGGAAAAGACUCCACAUGUCCCUAAAGACCUGUGAAUGAGGACGAGAUUCUAGACGUAGCAACCGUUCGGCCACUUGUGGCUGGAAACUUCCGACGCCCGUCCUGUUGUCACUCUCUCCCUCUGCUGUGUCCACCCGAUGUGGCCCACGGUAAGGUGAAGAAGGCAUGGCGAUUUGCGCAUGAAUUAGUUUAUAGCGACGGUGGGCUUGUGCAGCAUCUACCGCACUCGCUCUUCCUUCGCAUUUGGGGCAUGUGUCAAGACCUAGUCAAGAAGACCGGCGGCGGGGGGGGGGGAGAGGGCGCAGGUGGAUAGUGCGGCCGGAUCCGCACCUAGGCGUGCCACCACAAGUCCCGGUCCACAACAAACAGCAGAUCAGGAUUUCAAUCAGCAACAACACAACAGCGGGUCAGAAGACGACGAGGAUGAUUGGGCAACCAUGCAAGCACAACCAGGUUGCGAGGGUCAUGGUCGGCUUGCCAAGUCACGAUAUUUAGCACACCGUGUAAGUCUCCAACGCCUCAGAUUGUUUAUGGUUAGGAACUAUGCGCUGGGACUGUCGACCUUACCCACUCACGCCACCCUAUCCCACACACCAGUCCAGUGUCCGAGCCGGCCAACCCAACUGAUACCGGUAUACCUGAGGAGGCCAAUCCGCGCGUGAGAAACGUUUGCUGACAGCGAGAGUAUGUUGGGAGAGGUUGGAGUUUGGCGUUACGGACGCCUGAAUUUGCGAGCUAUCCUUUCGGCCUUGGUGGCGACGAGUCGGUUGGCUUCACAGAUUGUUACCCCAGUCUCCAUUGUUGUUUUCUAAGUCGGUCUGUUGUGUGCGAGGGCUUUGCAAAAUCGUCGGGUCGGCGUGCAGGUGCUUCAGGGAAUUCUUCAGCGUCCUCGUAGUAGCGGUAGGUCGGACCCCCCCCGUCGAAUAGUACCAUUGGUGACAUCCCUGUAGAAGAGUUGCUUUGGUAGGCGCUCAUCGUCCAUCCUAGUUGCAUUAGUCUCAGCAUGGCGUGGAUGCUGAGAAUUUCACUCUAGGACUUGACCAGGACUUUAACCAUCAAUAGAAAUAAACGGGUCAGGAAGAGGAGGAUGAUAGGGUACAAGACCUGUAUACCCGACGAGAGCGCAAAUACCGGCGUGGAACAAGGUUUCAGAGAACUGCAAGCACACACCAGGUUGCGAGGAUCAUGGUCGGCUAAAUCAUGGGAUAGCAGACGCAACCAAACUUUAAGGCCCAGAUUGGUGACACUGAACUCUGCAUUUAGCCUGGUCCAUCACCCUCCAAAGGACAGGUGCCCAACCAGUCAUUGUCUGGGAUGUAGUACCCGUAAACACACACACACACACACACACACACUCCUCGCAUGUGUGAGAGAACCCGAUGUCACAUUAGGAAGGAGCUGUAACAGCCUGGCUCUCAGCCUACCAGUCCACCACUCCACACAAAUACACACAACUGUGCUGGCUGUGUGUGUGGAUUGAGUUGAGACGUCAGUCGGCAGCCUUUCAAGCCAUGGCGCUUGACGCACCGGGAGAGUCUCAGACUCGGGUCACACAUGCAGCGGAGUAGCCACAUGGAGAAUGCGUCGAGAAGCGCACUUCCCACUUAGGUGAAAGGUGGCGAUGGGUGAUGUUGAUGUGUGGUGCAGGUGCAGAUGGGGGAAUGUGUGUUGACGUGAUGUGGCCUUGUUUUCAUGAAUGCGCAUAUGACGUAGUAGGCCCAUGCACUGUCUGAAUGUGCGAGGGCAGCGUGGAUAGUGGAGGCGGAUGCAGCAAGUGUAUGUGGGUGCUCCAGGUACUGGUUCACCAUUCUCUGUGCGAUCGAUUCGAAAAUAACCGAGCAGGUUAGUGUGUGUGUGUGAGGUGAAUGUGCGAUCUCAGUGAGGUCAGGCGUGGACCGAGUCUACAUCGCUGGAUGUGGGGGUGCUGGUAGUAGUGGUGGCAGGUGAUGGGACGUCGGACGUUGCCCCAUCGGUGGGGGAGCGCGUGAUGUCGUGGUGUUGGUGGAGCUGGUUGCUGUGGUGAACGCGAGGGUUGGGCGAGGACGGAUGAGGCCGGUGAUUGAUGGCGGCUGGGAGGCGACUGUGUGACCGUCGGUGACGGGGAUGGUCGUUGUCAUCGUCGUCGUCGCAGGGUUUGCGACAGGCAGGGAGAAGAAUUUGACGUUGUCGGGUUGUUGGCGCAUUGGGUCCGAGGGUGUCCUGCGGGACCGGUUUUUACCCGUAGGUACAGUAGGAGGGCUAACUCAUGAAAUGUCAACCAAAAUUACGAAAUUCGUCUUCGUUUCGAAAAUAUUACUUAAGUAGGGUUGUAAAACUAAUUAUCAUGCGGCAUGAUUCUAGAAAAAUUCAGUAACAUCAGGAUGCCGGAUUUCUAACGAACUUCUUUUCGGAUGCAUGCAAAAACUAUACUCCGCAAAAGAUGACUACUUAAGAAGCAUCUAUUUUUCACACUGAUUUUCGACGCCCUUAAGUAUUCAAUUAUAUUUCACGGAAAACUUGCAUAGAAAUACUCAGUCUUCUGCUCAUUUGGUUGAAAGUCAUGUCCUCUUCCAAUUUUAUACUCGAGGGAAGGGUAUAGUUCGGUUUUCAAAACUCUUCCAAUUCCCGAAUAAUUUUCAACCCGCUCUGCCGUCACACGUGGAUUCAGGGUUUGCAAACUACAAGCCAUUUCUCUACGGCACUGAGGGGUGACCAUUUGGGGCUCAUUAAAUUUAGCAGUGGAUUUGAGCCAUAUUGUAAACUUUACAAACCACAUUGCUAGAUGCAAAGGCAUGACGUUUUACGAGCGACCAUUUCACAAUAAUAAAAUAUCUCAUAAUUGAAAACUUUUUUAAAACCAAAUUAUGCCCUUUUUUCAAGUAUAAAACCAGAAAAAGACGUAAUUUUCUACCGAAUGAGCAAGAGAUCGAAUAUUUUUCUGCAUGUUUUCAAUGAAAUAUAAUUAAAUUUUAAGAGUAUCGAAAAUCAUUUUAAAAAAUACAUGCCUCACGAGUAGUCAUUUUUUACGGAGUAUAGUUUUUGCAUGCAGCCGAAAAGAAGUUCGCUCAAAAGCCGGCAUCCUGAGGUAACUGAACUAUUAUAGAAUUAUGUUGCAAGAUGAUUAGUUUUACAGCCCAACUUACUUAAUUUUUUCGAAACGAAAACGCAUUUCGGAAUUUCGGUUGACAUUUCAUGAGUUAGUCCACCUACUGUAUGUUGGGGCGGUUGAACGUUAGUGUUGUGAGGCAGGACAGUUGGGAUUUUCGAGCUUCAUUUGGUUGAAAAUCACGUCCUCUUCGAAUUUUAUACUCGAGGGAAGGGUAUAAUUCUGUUUUCAAAACUUCUAAUGCCCGAAUAAUUUUGAACCCGAUCUGCCGUUACACUUGCAUUCAGGGUUUCUAAACUACAAGCCGUAUAUAUUUCGCGUACGGAAAACCACACAUUUCUUUAUGGUAUCGAGGGAAGAACAUAUGGGGCUCAUAAAAUUUAACAGUAGAUUUGAGCCAUACUGUUAACUUUACAAACCACAUUGGUAAAUGCAGUGAUAUGACGUUUUAUGAACGGCCAUUUGACAAUAUUAAAAAAUCUCACAAUUAGAACUUUCUUAAAACCGAGUAAUACCCUUCCUUCGAGUAUAGAAUUAGAAGAAGACGUAAUUUUCUAUCGAACCAGUGAAAGAAUAAAUAUUUCUAUGCAUGCCUUUUAGGAAAUAUAAUUGAACGUUAAGGGGCAUCGAAAAUAAAUGAGAAAAAUGCCUGCUACUUAUGUAGUCAUUUUCUACAGGGCAUAGUUUUCACAUUCGGCCAGAAAUAAGUUCGUUCGAAAGCCGGCAUCAUAAGAUAACUGAACUGUUAUAGAAUUAUGUUGCAAAGUGAUUAGUUGUACAACCCAACUUACUUAAUUUUUUCGAAACGAAAACCCAUUUCGGAAUUUCGGCUGACAUUUCAUGGGUUAGUCUACCUACUUUAUGUUGGGGAGGUUGAACGUUAGUGUUGUGAGGCAGGACAGUUGGGAUUUUCGAGCUUCGCGUUCGGCUUUGACGCCGGUUAUGCGGUGGGCUUCGUAGAUCGCUAUGCCUGUCUUCACCGUCCUGCCCUAGAUCGUUUGAUUCCGGACGGGGUCUUCCCAGUUGGCCGGGCUGAUCUGCAGGUGCUUCAAGGAAGUCCUCAGAGUGUCCUUGUAACGCCGGAUUUGGCCUCCAUGUUAACGAAUAUCUGUAGAGUCGUUUGGGUGGCCGUUCGUGGUCCACCGGCACGAUGUGGCCGCGCCAACGCAGUUGCAGCUGUCCCAGCAUGGCGCAGACGCUGUCCGUCCCAGUACGUCUGUGCCCGUGACAUGGAUGAGGAAGAGCAUCAUCGAAUCCAGCAUCUAGAUGAGGCAAUCAAUACUAAUGCGACCACGUCAGUGAGAAUGCUAGAAUCUACAAAAGCAUACGAACUACUGGCGCCAUGAUCAGUACUGCGUGUGUUACUUCCGAGUGCAAGAGUGCCAAGUGGAACGCCCCUCGUUCACACAUUGUUUAUCGGCUAGGGAGGACCGUAGUCCCUCGAUGGCCAAUUGAUGUGCGCAAGACGGUGGGUUGUUAUCCAGGGCACACAUAAUCAAGGGGCCUGCUUGCACCAGGUGCGUGAGACACUCAUUCCGGAGUGUGGAGGGUGUGUGGCCUGGAGAGUCUCACGGUUUACGCGGUGCGCGAGCACGACCACGGUUUAUUUUUUUCUCAUACCGAGCUACUGGUCGUAGCGGCUUCGGCGCAUGCGCAUGCAACCGGGUGGAGUUAUCAGCCGCGGUUGUCCGACAUUUGACUGACAAAUCAAAAAGUUCAGUUGCCGCAGCUGGUGCAAUGGCGCUUGCUGAAAACAAUCCGUCCAGGAGCUGACGUUGGCUGAAUUGAAAGAUAGGCUAGAGCCCUUUUCCCUAGAUAAAAAGUGAGUGAAGGAUAUCAUGAAACGUUGACCGAAAUUCUAAAGUGCGCUUUCGUUUAGGAAGGAUUUCUUAGGUGGGGUUGUAAUAUUGAUUAGCAUGCGGCUUAUUCUUAUGUUCCGGAGUCAUCAGGAUGUCGGCUUUUGAAUGCACUCCCUUUCGACCCCCUGUAGAAACCGCAUUCGAUAAAAAAUGACUACUUAUGUGGUAGGCAUUUUUUGCAUUGACUUUCGAUGGUUUUAUAAAUCAAAAUAUAUUUUGAAGAAAACAUGCACAAAAUAUGCCUUCUUUUACUUGCUUGAUAGAGAAUCACGCUGUCUUUACAUUUUAUAUCCGAAGAAAGGGUAUAUUCACGUUUUGAAAAAUUUCCCAAUUCCCGAGUAAUUUUUAGCCUGAUCAGCCGUUGCAUUAGCAGUUAGCGAUUUCAGUCGUCAAGGUGCAUGCUUUCCGCCUAAAUAAAAUCAUAUAUGCCUCUAUGAUUUUAAGAAGACACCAUAUAGAGUUCAUAAAAUUUCGCAAUCGAUGGGGACUAUGUUGUACAUUUCAUGAGGAGCACUGACAAACGACAGCUACGAUGCUGUAUGAAUGGACAUCGCAUGGUUUUAAAAAAGUUCACAAUUAGAAACUUUUUUAAAAUUGAAAUAUAACCUCUCUCAGGGUAUAAAGGUGAAAUCAACGUGAUUUCCUACCAAACGAGUGAGAUAAAGCAUAUUUUUGUGCAUGUGUCCUAUGAAAUAUAACUGACCUUAAAAGUCCAUCGAAAAUCAAUGUGGAAAAUGCCUGCUGCUUAAGUAGUCCUUUUUACCGAGUGCGGUGUCCGUGGGAGGUCGAAAAGAAGUGUAUUCAAAAUUCGACGUCCUGGCGAGUCCAAAAUACUAUGGGAUUAUGCCGCAUGAUAAUCAAUUCUACAGCCACAUCUAAGUAAUCCUUCCUUGACGAAAAGGCAUUUCAGGAUCUUGGCUAACAUUUUAUGAGAUCGGCCACUCACUGUACAUGCUCAGACUAAAAUGUUAUAUAGAUAUGUCGGCAGAAGUCCAUCAGACACAGUGAAAUAUCGUUGUGAUUGUCAUAAACUGGAUGUUGGCAGUUUGUGAACACUGCGGUACGCACUGAUGAACCGAAGCCUUUCGCAGCUGUGUCAUCCAGUGUCAGAAUGUCGGCGAAACCCGUCUUAGCUAGUGUCUGUGUACCCAAGUAUGGUGCAUCGCGCAACAUUUGCAUAAACUAAUGACUGCCAGUUGGCAAUUUAGGAGGAUUACACGAUUACUUCACUGUGGCUGAUGGAUUUCGGCCCAAAUAUUCAUAUUAAAUCUCAGCCUCAGCCUCUUACCCUCGGAUAACAGCACACAUUUCAGGUAUAGUGUUUACGCAGGCGAAACGCUGCUGCGAGCAGACAUCAAAGCUCUGCCACGCACCAAUGAAAACAUUCAGCUGAAGAUCAAAUGUUCACGGCAAAAUUGGCAGAGGCAUCAGUCUGCUCGAGGUGAGGACAGACACGGGCUCCAAUUGGUCGUUUUCAUUGAGCAUCACCGGCGAAGACUCCACACAGUUCAUUCACAGGAAAAAUGCCAUGGACGCUGCACAUCCGAUGCGAGCGCGCUGGCGACUUCAGACUGCGUGUGUUGGAUUCAGAAUCAGUCAAGGGCAUCAAGUGGAGGGCACAAAACGAAUCCCAGUGGAGAAACAAACGCUGACAUUUGAUGGACUAAUUCUUGAGGAUUCGCACCAGCUGAAGGACUACGGCAUUAAGAGUGAUUCUACUAUAUUCCUCUGCCUUCCUUUGGACCUUUCAAAGGACAUAUAUCUCAGAGUUACUCUACCGUGUCGACGCGUGGUGAGGCUUUGGGUCAAUGAGAAGGACACCGUGGACAGCCUGAAAGAACAGUUGUGGCGUCUGUGUCGAUUGUUGGCGCAAAGUUAUGAGUUGGUUUUGGACGGGGCAACAUGCCGGCGGACACCGCGUCAAUAGACAGGAGCUAAAAUUAGGUCAAGGGGUAAGGACUAGAUCUAACAUGUAUUAAGGCUAUGUCCGAGGUUUAAAUAAAAGUUUCUUAAAUGGCCUAGCAUGUUAUCCGUGCAGCCAUAACACAUUUAUGUCAUUUUAUCGUACCAGAGUCAUUUUAGCAAGUACGAUACGUUAAACAUUUGCACCACAUAUACUUUAUAAUCAUCCAAUUCAUAUCUGCCAGAAAUCAAUUCAGAAGAUUAAUACCUAAACGCGUCGUAGAAAGAACUAACAGUAUUGAACAACACCGACUUUUGACAGUAAAAACAUCAUUUUGUGGACUCGAGAGCGCGGUGUGGAAACAGUCGUAAACAAUAUUUUAAAAUCAAUGAUUGGAAAUUUCGCAUCCUACAUUUGACGUCAUUCUACUCGCCUCUCAAUAUCAAGACAAGGUGAAGUGUAGAUUCUUUUUCUAUCUUGUAAUCCAUCAAUGUGUGCCUGCCCGCAAAAGCCAUGCGCCGUUGGUCCACUGGAGUGCCCUACUUUGAUUCCACGGGACACUUCACAGCAUAUAUCGUAUCUGUCGGGUAGACGCUGAGCGAAAUUGUGUUGCCCGCUAAGGUCUUAUCAUAUAUCUGGAAGACAUUCAAGUUGCUUUCGGACUCCGUCGACAAAUAAUGAAUAACAGUGGGGACGGAUUCAUCCUCCAGUCCACACGAUGCCAAAGUCUGACUUCCUCUCAAUAGUGCUCCGUCUAAAGCUAACUCAUAACUUUGCGCCGACAAUCGACACAGACGCCACAGCUGUUCUUUCAGGCCGUCCACGGUGUCUUUCUCAUUGACCCAAAGGCUCACCAUUCGUCCAGACGGCAGAGCUACGCUCACGUUAAUUUCCUUUGAAAAGUCUAAAAGAAGGCAGAGGAAUAAAGUAGAACCAUCCUCUAUGCCGUAGUCUUUUAGCUGGUGCGAAUCCUCAAGAAGUACUCCAUCAGAUCUCAGGGUUUGUUUAUCAUCUUGGAUUCUUUUUUGGAACCGGAUCUUACACUUACUGCCAGAGACUGCUUCAGAAUCCGGCACAUCCAACCUGAAGUCGCCAACGCGCUUGCAGCAACAUCCCGGUGAGUGUGAAACUUUAUAGGAUUUUGUCGCAAGGCAAUUAAACUUACAACCCCAUCUAAGUAAUCCUUUCUAAUCGAAAGCGUAUUUUAGAAUUUCAUGAGAUCGUUCACUCACUGUAUAAUUUUCAGGCCAAAGUGGUCCUUUCCACGGGACCCAGUAAAUACAUAUAUAUGUUGUCUUAUUCAUGCCCUGAAGAAGAAGACGAAGAAUAAGGGACGAGUUUAGGGACCGAAAUAUAUUUGGACCGACGUUUCGGAAACUCUGGUUUCCAUCAUGAGAGUAGUGUGUUGGUUGCACACCAAUCUAUUGGCUUCACCUGCUGAUAUUUCGACUUGGCCGACUUCGGCCCGGUAAUUGGUUGCAUGUUCGUGACCUUUGCCACCCAUACGGAGCUUGGUUGCUUCGUGAAGCCAAUAGAUCGAUGUGCGCCCAUUCCUGAUUGAAUAUAUAUGGAUAGUUGAGGUAGUGUGCAUUCAGCAUGCAUAUGUAUGAAUAUGGAUAUAGGCGAAAAUGCUGACCCCAGGUGUUGAGAUUGAAGAAGAUAGUAAGGCGAGCUCUGGGGAUGAUGAUCUAUAUAUACAUAUAUAUGCGUAAGUAUUGAAAGGUAGGCAUCCCAAGCGAUAUAAGUUGAAAAGGGAUGGGUUCUUUGGGACAAGAGGGCUUAUUGCGUAAAUUUUUCGGCACUAUUUCCCCAGGUCGUUGUCAGAUGCAAGCGGGAAGCAAAUGUGAAAGCAAGAAACAGAUAGCGUUAAGAGUGCACAAAAAAUCGAUACUUUCAUGGCGUGUGCGCCGGUAGGCGGCCGCCGUGUGUCAGUCUGAGCUGGUUGGCUCCCUUCUCUUCCAUUUAUCCUUCAGGUUUCUGUACACGGCAUCCAACUUGAUAUGCCGGUUGAUGCAUGAUUCAUCAGAGUGCAUUGCCUCGAAGAAUUCUCGGCCUUUCUUGAAAAGGCAGAGCGCGACAACGCGAGCUUUGCCCCAAGCGAAAGUGUACCCGGUGUCCAGAGUAUGCAUGGCUACCUGAGACGGAUAGUCUCGCCUCUUUACUGCCAACUGGUGCUCAUGGAUGCAUGUUGAGGCGGAUUUUCCAGUCUGGCCACAAUAGACGGCAGUACAUGCAUUACACGGUAUCUUGUAGACGACCUCUUUCUUGUUCAGCUGGUUAACCCUAUCCUUAGGAUGUACCAGCUGAGAGCGCAAAGUAGUCGCAGGUUUGUGCGCCACUCGAAUUUGGUGCUUCCUUAAGUGUCUUUCGACGAGUUCAGACACAUUCUUAAUGUAAGGAAGAGUUCGCCAAGUUCACCAAGUCUAAACUCAUCGAAAGACACUUAAGGAAGCACCAAAUUCGAGUGGCGCACAAAGGGACGAAGUUUAUGGACCGAAAUAAAUAUGGACUGAGGUUUUGGAAACUCUAGUUUCCAUCGUCAGAGUAGUGUGUUGGUUGUUCCUGCUGGCCUUGAUUGCUUCAGCUUUGAUGUCUGUCUGAUAUCAUAUCCGUGCUCUAGGCACGAACUACAACCUGCCCGUUCGCUGCUAAUUCUGCAAGCCAAACUGCCAAGAGUCCAUACGGAUGACUAAAUACGGCAGUCAGCAACUCGACUGCGUGCGAUGAGCAUGGGUACACAGGCAUAUCGCAACUGCAUAAUUUAACACCUGGCCAGUCGAGCGGCGAUGUACUCAGGAGCUGCCAACUGUGGUAGCCAUAUGGCGGCCUAGCAACUACAUCCUAUAAAUACUGCAACACCUGGACUAUCCACUACCUUUACCCGACUCUGUCUCCGAUGAUGGACUUGAGUGAGGAUCCGAAACUUCAGGCUAAAAAAGCUCUUUUUCCAGCAAUUGCGUCUCCUCCCUCGCGACCACUUUCAGGAACUAGCCUCUUCGUUUCUGUUAUCAGUGGCGAAACUACUGUCCCGAUUCUUCUUGUGUUAGUUGGCGUGCUUCAGCCUUGAUCGGUUAGCGAGCUGCCCCAAGAUCAAUCAAAUCACAGCGAUAGGCCUUAUCCAAAUGACACAUUCUUAAAAAGAACGGGCAACCGGCCAGGAUACUUAUGGUUUAUGUUUGUCCCUGAGUGAUAGACUUUUCAUGCAGUUAGCCAGUAACUGUAUGGGUCGACACCGCAAAACGUCGUCAAACGUCUGUGUGCAACGGCAACACACAUAGCUCGCGGAAACAUUUGUUGUCUUCCAUAGUCUCUGUGAAUAAUUGUCUUUCAUAGUCUGCGCCGUACCGUGAUGAUCCAUUAGAUGAAGAUAUCGAAUGAGAUGACGUCAGUUCGGCCGACGAUGUCCACCGUGAGUAGGGACAAUGAACCGCGCGUGAGUAGUAGACUUGCGCUGCGUCUACCGUACUCCCUCCUCCCACUCCACAGAGUCAAAGAGAACGGAGGCUGGUGAGGCCGCAGAUGGCUAAUGCGGCGCGAACCCGCACCUAGGCAUGUCAUCACACUCCCUGGCCCACAUAAAACAGGAACGGGAGGACGAUGGACGGCCUGGAUGUCGAUUGGUCGGGAGUGCAGUCCGGCUUUACUUCCUGACAGGAAGAGCAAAUUAUGGCUUCAGAUGAAGGCCUUUCAAGUCAUGGCUUUUAGCGCACCGUGAUGAUUUACAAGAGUGUCAGAUUGUUGAAAGCGGGGAAUAUGCGUUGAAACAGUCGACCGCACUCUCUGUUUCCCCCUUCCCAGCUGGUCAGUUGUCUGAUGCGAGGAUGGAGCACAUGAGUUGAGAUAAGGAGUAAAGCAAGGGUAGGGGAAAGUGGAUAUCAACUUCAACUUUACUCAGGACAGCGGACUAAUUGACGCCCCCGUGAUAGAUGUGCGUUCGGAAGCUGUCCCCAAAGUAGGUCAAUAACUGCGCUUUUUUCUGAUUUUAGGUGGUGGCGAAGGUGGAUGAGGACAUGUGUGUCAACUGUGGCAAAUGUUACAUGACCUGCAACGACUCCGGUUACCAGGCCAUCACCUUUGACGCCAAGACGCAUUUCCCCUUCGUCACAGACGAAUGCACAGGAUGCGGCCUUUGCCUCUCCGUCUGUCCCAUUCCUGACUGCAUUAAGAUGGUGGAGCGGAAGAUCCCCUACGUCCCGAACCGCGGCGUUCCACCGGAGACGCCAUGCAAGUAG